AUGGAUAUCGAGGACGACGACGAUUUCUACGCUCCCGAGGAGCCUACUGUGCCCACCGAGGAUAAGGACCUUCCUUCGAAAGCCGACGAGCUUGAGGAAGGCGAAGAAGAGGACGAGGGUGCUGCUAUGGAUGAGGACGAAGAUGACGACUCAGACAUCGACAUCAUUACAGAACGAAAAGAUGGCACAACCGCAGCUCCCCCAUCACAAUCAAAAUACAGCGACAUAAGAAAUAUCCCGCAAAGGACAACGUCAGACGACCCAUCUGCGAAAUCAGCGCCAGUCAAGAAGGAGGGCGCGACCAGGUCGAGUGUCGCCAACAUUGGCACACCCAGCGCUGACAAAACGUCAGAGGCUGCCUCAAAAUCCACAAUCGACAUCAACGCGAACCCAAUAUACCCGGCUGCUGGCAAGCCAAUAACUCAUGUCAACAUUGACGAAGACCUCCCCGAGAACGAGAAGCCUUGGCGGAAACCAGGUACCGAUAUCAGCGACUAUUUCAACUACGGCUUCGACGAGUUCACUUGGGCUCUCUACGCAGCAAAGCAGGACAACGUCCGCGGCGAGUACGGCGCUGAUGCGUUUGCAAACUCGAGCAAGAAGAUGAUGGAGGAGAUGAACAGCAUGAUGAUGAUGGGAGGCAUGGGCAACAUGGGAGGCAAUGCCGCAGCAGCAGGAGGAGGUGGCGGCGGCGGCGGGGUAUCAGGCAUGCCUGGGAUGGAGGGCAUGCCCCCGGAGAUGCAGCAGAUGAUGCAGCAGAUGAUGGCGUCGGGUAUGGACGGGAACCAGAUGGAUCCGGCUCAGAUGGCUGCCAUGUUCUCUGGAGCAGGGGCGAGUGCUGGAGGACAGGGCCAGAACUUCGGCGCCGGUGGAUAUGGAGGCAACCAAGGCGGAUAUGGGUUUGACCAACAAAAUAUGGGCGGUGGAGGUGGAGGACGAGGUGGAUUUAGUCGAGGACGGAGAGGCCGCUGGUAA